CAUUGGAACAGCAGAUGCCACAUGACUGCCAUCAUCUAUAUUGCCAUCCACUGUAUAGCCCUGUCUUCCUACAGCAGCAUCCCCUAUUCAUCGCUGCCUCCUCCUCCUCCUACUGAGUGAGGCCCAGGGAGGGGGCAGAGAUCUCACUCACAUAUACAGCAGUGUCUAGGAGCCAUAGCCUGGAUGUGAAGCUUCUCUGCCUGGAUCAGCAUUGAAUGCAGCAAGCCAGCAUGGUCUCCCUGCAGCCAGGACAGCAAUGAGCUCCCCACUGCCUCCCUCUGACCUGCAUCUAGGACCCCUACCCACAGGUUACCAUGCCUAAUUUCAGCCCGCUGACACUGUGCAUCUCUGCAACAAGCUUCGCCAUCUCCCAGUUCCUGUUUCACGUAGGAAGCUAUCGCCUCUCAACGCGUUUUACUCGCGGCUUCACCAAGCUCAGUGAAAAGCAGAAGAUUGAAUGGAAUUCCAGGACGGUGUCUACAUUCCACGCCUUGGUGGUCGGAUGCUUCUGCUUGUAUAUUUUAGUGUACGAUGAUGCCAUCAAUACUGAUCCAGUGUGGGGAGACCCUAUUUUGGUGAAGUUGAAUGUUGCAAUAACUUCAGGCUACCUCAUCUCAGACUUGGUACUGAUUAUUUGUUACUGGAAGGCGAUUGGCGAUAAGUAUUUUGUGACGCAUCAUGUGGCAGCUCUGUAUGCUUACUACUAUGUACUGGGUGAAGGAAUAUUGCCAUAUUUUGGUAAUUUUCGUCUCUUAGCUGAGUUCUCUACACCUUUUGUCAAUCAACGGUGGUUCUUCGAAGUUCUGGGAUACUCAAAGCACUCCCUGCCUAACAUGGUGAAUGGAGUCUUGAUGACAAUCGUCUUCUUCAUUGUUAGGAUAGCCGUCAUACCCACCUAUUACAGGCGUGUCUUUUCUACCUUUGGCACAGAGGCGUUUCACAGACUGGGCUUUGGCGCGCAGUGCGCCUGGAUCAUUUCCAGCAUCUCCCUGGAUAUAAUGAACGUUAUGUGGAUGAUGAAAAUCACAAAGGGAUGUUACAAAGUCCUGUACCACCCUGAUGGUGCAUUGACCAAAACUCAGAAAAAUGGGAAAGCAGAAUAGAAGCAACGGCCUUUCUCAUGUCUUCCAUCCUUCAGAUGUUGCAGGCUCUGCCAAGACUUGCAUGUUUUUUUUCUCUCCCAGACAUAAAAUGUAUUUUAAGGAACUUCCAUAAUUACGUCACCUCGUUGUGUCCAUCCUUCAUAUUCUCACCCGGCACUUCCACAAACACUGUUCCAAAGAGCAAGAACUUCUUUUCUGGUUAUUUCAUCGCUACUGUAGAGUUCCAGAAUAUAACUCCGUAGGAAACUGAAAGGGUUUUUGUUUUAAAUUAAAAAAAAAGGCUUUGUGUGGUGUAAAAUCAAAGUCAAUACAGUACUCGCCUUACUGAUCCCCGGCCGCGCCCAUUCUGCCACCUGGUCCCUCUCAACGCGCAGAAAAUGACUGCUCAGCUAAUCUGUCCAGAGGGACCAGAAAACAGAGCUGGCAGGGGACUGAGAAGCAUUGGAACGGGAUUGGCAGAAGAUCAGUAGGAUGAGAACAGACUUGUUUCAUUAUUUUACAUCAUGUGUAGCCCUUUAAAAGAAAAAUGUUAGUGGCUGGAUAACCCCUUUUAGAUCCGCUCUAAAACGCAGUCUGCAUCUCGGCACUCAGUGACCACCAUAUACAGUACUUCUUAUAUACUAAAAUAGAGGUUGGUUGGUAAGAAAGACACAGUUUAUUUAAUUUUUUAUUUUAUUUUUUUGCUCAUUUUGAAAGGUUUCGGCAAGGGCCUACAACCCCUUGCACAUAACAUUUUGGAGAUCUGCUGUUUUGUAGAUCUUUUUAGAACCAAAGGAGGAUCGGAUGGUGGGUGAUAUAUCAGAAAGGGGGGCAAUUCCAUCUGCCUUGUGCUUUGAACUAAUCCUCCUUUUGAUCUGAAAGGUGUACAGGAGAGGCGAUCUUCCAAAUCUGAAGCGGAUAGGGCCUAGCUAGGGUCUCCGCUGCUGUCAUAUUAAUCCAAUGUAAGGAUUAGCGGCUUAUAAAUGUCAUCCUUGUCGACAACUCAAGCCUUCAGGGGCGGUCUGGGAACUUAAAGUGGCCCUGGAAAAAAAUACUAAAAGUGGCCCUGUUUUGUAGUCUGGUCCGAAUUGAUGGAAAGCAGGGCCAGCAAUACCAUAUUGUGGCACAUUAUACCACCCCAACAGAGGUAAAUACCACAGUCCAUCACAAAAUACAUCCCCAAAAACUUCCACUGGCUGGCCGUGAGGAGGGCUCAGGCGGCCCCCUGGGAAAUUUCCCUGUAAGGUCUAUGGUCAAUCCGCCCCUGCAAGUCUUUAAGUGUUAAUGAUGUCCUACUUGAAAGAGGACCUGUCACGUGAUUUUUUUUUUUUCUAAAGCUAAUACUUUCAUCUGUAGUCUGCCUCCAGCAGACGACAUUACACUUGUUUUUUUCAGAUUGGCCCCUACAUUAUGCCGCCAUGGCACCUGCUCUGUUCUGACGCCUACUAUGCCAAUCAGUACAGGGAGGAGGAGACCUCUGCUGUUCCCAGUGGGUGUAUUCUUCUCCCUGUCUGUGACGCUGUCCAAUCGCUUCAAGAGGCCUCACAGCCAGAAAGAAGAUGAGCUGUUCUUGCGAGAUUUGGUACAUUUUGUAGGAACAGGCUAUUUAAGAGAAUACUAUACUCGCUUAGAUAGCCUGUUCUCAUGAGAUUUACCAAAUCUUGCAAGAACACCUUGUCUUCUCCCUGGAUGUGAAGCGAUUGGACAGCGUCACAGACAGGGAGAAGAAUACACCCACUGAGAAGAGCAGAGGUCUCCCCCUCACUAUACCUUUGCUACUCAUUAGCAUAUUUGGUGCCACAAUAGGGGGCAUAGCAGCGCAAUGGAGGGGACGGUCUAAAAAAAACAAAACAAAACAAGCUCAAUGGUAUCUGCUAGAGGUGGACUACAGAUGAUGAAGGUAUUCAUUUUAGAAAAUAAAUCCUGUGUAACACGUCCUCUUUAAAAGUUACCAUGGUGGUUAAUGAGUUACAAGUCCUUGAAUAAUUAGUAAUAUUCACUGGUGCUUGAGAUUCGCAGCAUACCGGUAAUUUGAGGUUCCUGUCUCGCAAUGAUUUUGUAAAAUGUAUUUGAAAGUUGUAGAAAAAUAUUAUUCGAAUCAAUGUCAGACUUUGGAAAUACUUGAAAAUGGAAAGACAAAGGGAACAGAGCACAGCCACAGUGAUAUUAUUAGGAAGUAAAAGGGGUUUGGAAAGAAUAUUUGGAUAUAAAUAAUGUGAGCAGUUUGUGAGUCGGCAAACGCAUACGCACACGUUUGGUGUAAUCAUUUAUCGCUGUGAGUCUAAGUUCCUCAUGGGCGGGCUUAACUUAAAAUGAUGUAAUUUACAAUUCUAGUCUUCACUUCAUCUUCUAUUUGUUAGGUAAGAAUAGGUUUGAAAUUGCCACCUAAGAAGUUAAAAGCAUUUGUAAAGUUUGGUUUAUUACUAAGUGAACCUUUUCUUGGGUUGCAUAUACGACAGUUCU